UUUUAGUAGUUCCAUACCGAUCAUACCUAUUACCUACUAUUUAGGUACUAGACAUUAGUUACUAUCUACUUAGUACAUAAAUAAAUACCUGCUGGCUGCCAUAAAAGCUGGUGACAUGUCUAACUAUAGUAAUUAAUAACUAAUAUAAGUUAUAAUUAAUUUUAUUCUAUUGUUUUAUAGAAUAAAUAAAAUGGUCGAUGUCUAUAGCUUGAUAGUUGAUGAUGUUAUUAUUUUAAUUGCCUAGAAGCAUUGUUAGAUAGUUUAUACUUUAUAUUUCCUUCAUAAUGAUGGAGCUAAGCCAUAGUUUGCUGCUGAACGAAGAAGCAUUAAAACAAUUACCAGAAACUAAACGUCCAGUUUUCAUCUUUGAAUGGCUACGAUAUUUGGAUAAAGUAUUACUGACUUCUAAAAAAGUUGAUAUCAAAGAAUGCCAAAAAAAAAUAGUUGAUCAGUUAACUAACUUAAUUCAAGAAAACCCAGGUCCGCCAACUAGAAUGUUAAUUGCAAAAUGCUUGUCUACUUUAUUCAACGUCGGCGAUACAUUUCUUCUUUUUGAUACAGUUAACAAAUGUAAUGAUAUGUUACGUGUCAAAGAUGAUUCAUUGGCAUACCUUUCUACAAAAUUAGCUGCAAUCACUUGUAUGGGAUUUAUGUAUAAAAAUUUGGGACGAAUGAUGGGGCGUUCAUAUGAAGAAACUGUAUAUAUUUUAAUAAAAUGUUUGAAAAAUGCAGAAUCUCAAAUGAGAGUGGAGAUAAUUAUAACAUUAGAAAAGAUUUGCUGUGGAAUGGGAAAUGUUAUGGGUCAUGUUCAUAAAGAUAUUUAUAAGGCUAUUAAACAUUCUCUGACUGAUCGAGUAAUGGCCGUUCGAACUGCUACUGCCAAAUGUUUAUUUGAAAUGAUAAAACAUUCCAGUUUUUUAUAUACAUCAGAGUUAGAAAAUGUAGCUACAUUAUGUUUCCGUGCAUUUGAGAAUGCAAAUUAUGAAGUAAGAUGUUCCGUAGCAAAAUUUUUAGGCUUUUUAAUUGCUUCUACACAAAUUCAAAACAAAGAUCAUCAUUUAGUUCAAACGUCAAAGUCAACAAAAUGUGUCACAUUAGAAGAUUCAUUAACCAUAUUAAUGAAUGGAUUUUUAAGAGGUGGCACCGGGUUUCUUAAAGGAACAGGAGAAAUUAUUAAAGGAACUACUGGUAGUCACAGAGAAGUUAGAGUUGGUGUUACUUAUACUUAUGUGGAAUUUGUUCAUUCAUUGGAUAUUACUUGGCUGGAAAAAAAUUUAAAUACUUUCAUGCGACAUGUUUUAGAUUUAGUUGCUAAUCCAAAAUCAGCAUCUUCUCAUGUUGAUGCAGUUUAUUCUAGAAAGUGUAUUAGUUUUAUAUUACGUAAUGUUCUUGGACAAAUGUUAAGUGAAAAAGCACAAUCCUCUGCGUGUAAAGAAUUAGCUCUAAUUGUUAAGAAACAAAUGAGUUCAAUUGAUUUCAGUCCAGAAAACGCUAAAGAUUUUAACCAAGAGACCAUAUUUGGUCAACACUUUUUAGUUUGUGCAUUGCAAGAAAUGGGCUGUUUAUUGCUUAACAUGGGCACAAUGGCUAACAAUCUUAUAUCAGAUAAUACCUGCAAUGUUAUUGAGACAGCUUUAUCUGUUAUGGUACAUCCAAGUCAAGCUGCUCGAUUAUCAGCAGCAUGGUGUAUACGGUGUGUAUGUAUUGCCUUACCAAGCCAAUGCACUCCUUUAAUUGAUCGAUGUAUUGAGAACAUUGAGAGUACAAGAGCUACACCAGAAAUAAUAUUUGGUUAUAGUGCUGUACUUAUUGGUAUACUUGGAAGUGUUAAUGUUUCACCUUUGGGUAUCCCUCAUAUGCGAGGAAAAAUAAUCUUUAAUACUGCUGAAGAUUUACUAAGAAGUGCUAGUCAAAAUAGUCGACUAUCACUAAGUAGAACUCAAGCUGGAUGGUUGUUAAUUGGUGGUGUAAUGACAUUAGGAGUUAGUGUUGUUCGAGGACUAUUACCACGUAUGCUUCUUUUAUGGAGAAAUUCUUUUCCACGAUCAUCCAAAGAACUUGAAUCUGAAAAGGCAAGAGGAGAUGCAUUUACUUGGCAAUUGAUUUUGGAAGGUCGAGCAGGAGCUCUUGCAUCUAUUUACAGUUUCUUAUUCAACUGUAAUGAACUAGUCACAGAAGAUAUAAUUAGAAGAUUAUUAAUUCCAAUCGAAUCUGCUCUUGCAAUGCUAAUUAAUAUGAAUUCAGUUGUUAAAAGCUGUGGUCAACACUUAAAAGCUCCAAUAGCACUAGUCAGAUUGAGAUUAUAUGAAACACUAUCUCUGAUUCCUGCUCAAGAUUUUGAAGCUUCAUUUACACAUGUUUUAAGACUGUUGGUCUCAGAAUUUACGUUGGCAGAAAAUCCUGCUAAUACUGUUACAUCCAAAUUAAGAUAUGUUUGUAAAAAUGAAGAAGGAAUAUUGUUGGGAAUAUGUCCGGUUCAACAUUCACAUCAUCAAACAAUUGAAGAUCAGGUGGAUUGUUCAAGAAAAGUUGAAUAUGAUUAUCUGAUACAAAAUAAUGCCAUAGGAUCAGGUGCCUUAGAACAUGAUCCUAGAUAUCUUUAUCUCUCAGUUUCUAAAGAUGAUAACAUACCAAGUCCCUUGCCACUUGGUGUUUCUGUAAUUGACGCAUCUGUUACUCUUUUUGGUUUAAUAUUUCCACGUGUGGCCAAUAAGCACAGAAUUCAAAUGAUAGACCAUUUUACUGAUCAAAUAAAAUACUCAAAGUCAUGCCGGUGUGAUGCUAUUUCAACCAACAUUUUUGCUUCAUUAUUAGCUGGUCUUAAAGCACUUUCAGAUACCAAAUCAACAAUUGGUCACGAAGAAAUUAAAACAACUACUGCUACUCUAAUUACAAAUGCAUUAACUAAUGGUAAUACAAUUCUGCGAGUGGCUGCUGCUGAGAGUGUUGGUCGUAUGGCUCAAGCAGUUUCAGAUUCAAGAUUUACUGCUAUGCUUGCUCAAACUAGUUUUGAUCGUCUUCGUUGUGCUAGAGAUGUCCCUAGUCGAACUGGACAUUCAUUAGCUCUUGGAUAUUUACACAGACAUGUUGGUGGUAUGGGAUCAUCACACCAUUUGAAUACUAGUGUUAGCAUUUUACUUGCGUUAGCUCAAGAUACCACAUCUCCAAUUGUUCAAGUUUGGUCUCUUCAUGCACUAUCUCUUAUUGCAAAUUCAGGGGGACCAAUGUUUAGAGGUUAUAUAGAACCUUCACUAUCGUUGGCCUUAAAACUUCUGCUGAUAGUUCCUCAUUAUCAUGCUGAUGUUCAUCAAUGCAUUGGUAAAUUGAUUUCAUCUCUAAUUACUACAAUUGGACCAGAAUUACAAGGUAAUUCAGCAUCAAUUACUACUGCACGGUCAUCUUUUUUGUGCGCAUGUGCUAUUAUGCAAGAUCAUGAAGAUCCAUUAGUUCAAGCAGAAUCUACAGUAUGUCUACAAGAAUUGCAUAUGUUUACACCACGACAUGUCAAUUUGACAGCUUUGGUUUGGACUUUGUGUCAAAAUUUAUCAAACAGCCAUUUACUCCUAAGAAAAGCAGCAGUUUCAUGUUUGCGACAGUUAUCACAGCGUGAAGCAAAAGAAGUUUGUGAAAUUGCAGAGUCAUUUGUUAAAUCUCCUGAAAAUAUUAAUAAAGAUGGAUUUUUAUUGACUGAAUCUGGAUUACCAGGAGUAUUAUUUAAUAUGUUAGACACAGAAAUGGAUAAACAACUAAUCAAAGAUAUUCAUGAUACCCUCAUUAGUAUGCUUCAAAUGUUAGCUGUUGAUAAUCUUACAAAAUGGAUAAAUUUAUGUAAAUCAGUUUUAACUGUUUCUUCAGGUAUUAUUAAAAUUUUGAUUUACAAUUAUUGUGUUAAAAUAUUUAUAAUAAUAUCCCAUGCAAUUUCUGUAGAAUUAAAUAAUAAAGAAGUAGAUAAAACUGAUGGAGCUAUAAUGAAUGAUGAAGACGAAACAGGAGAUGAUCAUGAUGAAUUUCAAAAAGAUUCUAAAAAUGAAUUAGUAAAAAGAAAACGACAACCCAGAUGGCCAACUAGAGUUUUUGCUGUUCAAUGUAUUUGUCGAAUAAUAUCUACAUGUCAUAAAGAAUGUGACUCUUCUCCACAUUUUAAUUUAUCAUUAGCAAAAGAAUUAUCAUUUACUAAUAAUAAAGGAGAUUAUUUGAUUCUUCAUUUGUCUGAUUUAAUAAGAAUGGCAUUUAUGGCAGCAACUAGUGAUAGUGAUCAAUUACGUUUAGAAGGAUUUGAAACUCUUAAUGAGAUUAUUGAAAAAUUUGCUCAAGUACCUGAACCUGAAUUUCCUGGUCAUUUAUUGUUGGAACAGUUUCAAGCUCAAGUGAGUGCUGCAUUAAGACCAGCGUUUUCUGAAGACACUCCUAGUCAUGUUACAGCUGCUGCAUGUCGCGUAUGUGGGACGUGGAUAGGAAGUGGAGUCGCACGGGAUUUGAAUGAUUUAAGACGAGUUUAUCACUUAUUAGUUACAUCUCUUAAAAAACUCAAACCUGGUUUCAAUAUAAAUUUUAAUAGUUUAUAUAAUGAAAGUGUUGCAACAUUUGAAUGUUUAGCUAUACUUAAAGCUUGGGCCCAGAUUUAUAUUAUUGCUAUGAUAAAUAAUGGUAUUGCUCCAGAAAAUUUCAAUAAAAACUCUCGUUCAAAUGUUUGUGAAACUAAUGACGAUUUUGGAAAUUAUGAAGGACAAAAUGAUAGUCUAUUGACUUUAAUUCAUCCAGAAUUAGAUAUGUUAUCUAAAAAUUGGCAAGCUGCUCUUAAGGAUCAUGCUCUUCUAUUACUACCAUGUGAGUUUAACAGUCAACUUCCCCACGAGGGUGGCGCCUUUUAUACAUCAAAUACUAUUGAUAAUAGCAGAAGCCAUUAUAAGAAUGCAUGGCCUCCAAUUUUGUAUGCUUUAUCAUUAUGGUUAAAUGCCGAGGAAUUUAAACAUGAAAAUACUAACAUACCUAAAGAAUUGCAAGAUAAAUUUUACUUAAUAUUUGGAAUUUGUACUGAAGCAAUAUGUAAUCAACGGACUUUGGAAAAUUUAGAAAAUUUUAUUACUUGUCUUAAAUCAUUAUAUACUAUAUUAGAUUCUUCCUUAGCUAGACGAAUGAUGAUGAAAAAUUGUAUUUUAGCAGUGGAAACACUAAAUAUUAUGCACAAAUUACUUUUAACGAAUGAUAGUAUAGAAGUACAGCAAACUAUAAUGAAUAUUGUGAAACAAAUAGUAAAAGCUGCUCAAGAAGAUUUAAAAAUAAAAAAUUCAACUACUUCUAAUGAUAAAAGUAUUGGAUCCUCAACUGCUGCUGAUGUAGCAUGUUUAGGUGAUGGUGGACAGGAUGGAGUUUUAGAACAUGAUAAAAGUAUUGUAUUUGCCACAUUAGAAGUUUGCAUGUGUUUGAUUGUUCGACAAAUACCAGAUAUGAAUCCAACACCUUUAGUGUCUUCAACUAGAAAAUUACAUUCAAAUUGUUUAAACCAUAAUGUUAUUGCUACAACAUUAAAUAUUAUGGCCCAGCUUCCAAAUCUUUGUUCUCCGAGUGGAGGUGUUCAAAUACUUCCAACAAUUGCAUAUUUAAUAACCAAUGUACUGAAAGAAUUAGGAGAAACUAAUGGUUCUAGUGAAACAUCCAAAAAUAAAGUUUCUAUUUUAGCUGCACUGGAUGCUUUUCAUGUACUCUGUAAACAUCCUUUUGGAUAUCACAAAGUAUCUGAAAGCAAAUGGAGGUCACUUCUACAGAGUACAGUUGCUAAAUUGAUUGAUAUAUCUAAAACUGGAGAUGAAGGAAAAAAAUUAAAUGAAAUAACAAUGCUAUCUGUUAUCACUGUAUUUACAUUGCAUGCACCACCUGGUGUAAUGUUUGUUCAAAAUAUUUUAUAUCCUUGCAUUAAUUACUGUACACAGUGUUUUGGAAGUGAUAAUAUUCUUGUAAAAACAAAAUGCAUUCAAUUCCUUAAAGCUGUUUUUCAACUUGAAGAUAAAUAUAUUGCAACAGGUUACAUUCAAGCACUAGCACCACGCCUCAUGGAGUUAUUAUACGUGGAAAUACCAAAUGAUUUAUUGGAAUCUAAUUUGAAAAUGCUAUGUGAAGCGAUUAGUGCAGUUGAAUGCUUGGUUCAAUUAGCACAACCCAAACACAGAAUUCAAAUGUUAUCAUUGCUUGUACCAUCUUUAAUUAACUUUCUUAUAGACACAGAAUUGACAAAAUAUGACUCUACUAUUUCUAAAUCACGGUCUAAACUGCAUGAGUUUAGUUUACAAUGUUUAUUGAAAAUUGGGCCAAUUUAUCCACAGGAAUUCAAAGUUAUCAUGUCUCAAAAUAAUAAAUUGAAAACAAAAUUGGAACAUACCAUUAAAACUACUAAAUCACAACAACAGUUUAACUCUGGUUCUCAUGUACCACAAAAUAUAACAAAAUCAAUCCAGCCUUCUAUCACAUUGAAGACAGAUUUCACUAACUUUAGUUAACAUUAAGAAUUAUUUAUAUAUUACAUAUUUACGUAACAGUUAAACAGUUUUAAAUAUUUUUACUAGAACUUUGAUUUUUUUUAUCACAGAAUUAUUAAUAGAAUACAUGUAUUAAGUUACCAAUUCUAUGAUGG